UAUGUUGUCCUUCGACAAACGGCACAUACAACCAUCAUGAACUAGCUAACGUUAGCUAGGCUAGUUAGCUGCUAAAUUUAAUAGAUGUUACUCUUUCGUUUCUAAGUAAACUUGCUCUACAUAAUGAGUAACACAAGGUGACCGGUAUAAAAUAAUGCGAUGUCCUGGUUCUUUCACGUCAACCAAGGCUCAAACCAGCAGCCCCCUGACCGGAUGCCCUCCACUACAGAGAACCUGUCUUCACCUAGCCUGACAGACUUCCCAUUGCCUCCACAAGGCUCAGUACCUCUCAGCUUGGAGACCUUAUCAUGUUGCUCACUGAACUCUGUGGCUAGUAGAGAGCUGAUGCCACUGUCUUACGUUACUCUUCAAGAGCAGAGAUGUGUGUUGAGCUGGUUUCUAGGUUGGGGCACCGCCCAGAGGGAACGGUUCCUUCAGGACCUUUUGGGGAAAGCUGUGCCAGGAAAAGUGUGCACUCUCCUGGAUUCACUGAGCACUCUUCAGGUUAUGGACAGACCACCAAAUAUAUUUGAAUGCCAGCUGCGCCUCUGGACCCAAUGGUUUGAAUCCUGGAGUGAGGAGGAAAGAAACAGCUUCUUGCACAUCUUAGAAGAGAGGGACCCCAUUUUUGUUGCACACUUUUACAGAGGUGUAGCUGGGACAGCGGGCAAGGAAUGACAGAUAAUGAUGAGAAAUGUUGUUGAUUGUGAAGGACACGGAUUUAGGAGAUGUUGUCUCACUGAAACAAGUGAUGUUUGAAUAAUCAAAUUGUGCAAGAGUUAAUGAGCUAACUGUAUGAAAAAAGAUAAUCUGUGUUGUAAACUGACUUUUUUGUUUGGACUAUCAAAUCUUAUCCCCAUGUAUCAGUUGGGAUUCAACUGGAAACAACAUAUAAAUACCUUUAAAGGUAACUUUCAUAAUGAUUUUGAACAGUUUUGUAUAAAGAAUUAAACUCAAUUUAGGUAAUCACAAUAUGUUCUUUAUUGUUGUCUUGAAUGUCCACAGAAUUAGAACAGCAAUUAAUGAUUGGCAUACAACUGUGUCCUUAUUUAGGCAUAGGUAGGGUACCAGUGUGUCAUACAUUUGUGAAUGUUUUACUUCCCAUUUUAAUGGGGUUCUGAAGUUUAAAUUGGGUUAAAAAAAAUAAAAUAAUUAUGAUUGAUGGUGAGUGGUUUGACUCAGUAUUGAGUCCAUGUCUGAAGUGCAUACAGCUACAGUGCUGUAUAGGUUGAUCAUACUUUGAACUGGAAAAGCCUUAUUCCUGCAUGGGUAAAGUUAGUGUUUUGGUUUAGAAAACAACGUAUACAAUGUUUUUGUUUAUUAAUACCACUUAGUAAUGGCAACUUACUUUGGUUCAUACAUCUUCACGGCUUGAUGAUAUAGUAGCCUACAAUGCAUUCACUGUUACAAAUGACCAAUUCUGCCUAAAUAAUAUUGGAUGAAUCAGUGCUUAAAGUGGUAGAGCUUUAACCAUUUCAUUAAAGUAAUUCUGAUACUUUAUGUUUACUGUAUCCAUGAAACUGACCCUACUGAACUGAACAUGAAUAGAGUUUUAUUUUAACCUGUCUCAACACAGGCAUAGGUGAAUGGAGGUUUUUGAGUGCAUGGGUGGCCUGUGAAUGAGUACAGGUGAUCAAUGGCAGUGGCAUCA